AUGUCCAGUUCUCACUGGACCCAACAAUUUCCAGAUAUAGAAACUCCAGAUCAUCUCAAAGCUAUGUUGGGAAAAAGAAAGCCCACCUCCUCUGAGGAUCCUGAAAUCACCUGGAUACUUAAGGAUGAGAAGGCACAUGAAAUCAUCCAGGACCACAUCUCUGAUGCCCUCCUAAUGAGGACUGGAGACCUCACCAGCUCUAAGGAGUUAUUUGAUAAACUUGUUUCACUCCAUCAGACGUCCAACAUUGCCUUGGCCUUCUAUUCAUUCCAGCAACUCACCAAAUUGUCCUGGGAUGGGAUAUCACCUAUCCAGGACCACAUUGCAAAAAUCUGGACAAUUGAUUCACACCUCUCCGGAAUGAAACUAGGAGUUGAUACCAAACUCAUGGCCUUCGCUCUUCUCCAAUCUCUCCCAUGCACUCCUGAAUGGCAAAUAUUUCAUCGGUGUCAUGCACCAAAGUUGAUUGGUAGCAUGGACAGGUGUCAAUAA